AGUGUUAGUUGUCAAAGAUAUUUUUUUGGGACAAUUCGUUUAGAAGAAGUGAAAUAAAUUAUUAACAAGUUAAAGAUAUUCAAUUAUGUGGUUUGAAAUUAUACCUUCUUUUGCCAUUAUUGUUGGAGCCAUGGCGUUGCCUACAUAUGCAAUGUAUGGUUUAAAUAAAUUGGUAUUUGGAAAUGGUUAUCGACGAAACAUGGACGAGCGCUUCGAACGUCAUAUGUAUUCACGAGAUUAUCGACUAACGAACAACCCAUACAAACAUAAUGGUUUGGAAGUAAUUGGUGAUGAAGAAGAGAAAUAAAUGAUAUAUACGCAUUAGUAAAAUUCAAUAUAAUUAUAAUUAUGAUUGGAAAUUUAAAAUAAAUUAAA